UGGUAUUUUACUUUUAAUUUACUCGCACUUUACUAUCAAACGCCAUGACUUCGAUUUAAAAUCUAUAGGUAUCUACACAGUAAUUAUUCAACAAUGGUCGAAAUGAAACAACUAGCUACAACCUUAAUGCAGUGUAAAUCAUUCAAAGAACGACAAGAACGUCUGAGUGAAUCACUUGAUCAUCUGUCAUUUGACUAUCCUGAUAUAUACACAAUAUUGUAUAGAGAGAUAAAAAGAAGAGAACUGGAAUCUAAUGAUCCAAAUAAAAUUGCUAAAUGGUUGAGUAAUCCAACACAAAAAUCAUAUAUCAAGCUUCACGAAUCAUUAAUGAUGGUAAAAAAUAAUAAUAUUAUGGCCAAAGAGGAAUUUAUGUACAAAUUAAGAAGCAUGCUAAACCAAACCAUUGAAAAUGGUGCCAACUUUGAAGUUGCAGUGAAAAUAUGUCAUUUAAUUAAAAAAUCAACAAACCUCAAAAUAUUUCAAGAGAAUUUGAAACAUCUAAUAAGCCAAGUAAAUCGAUUGAACAACACUCAACACCAAAUAAAAAAAGAAACCUUAAAAGAAAACAUUUGGAAAAAUAAUUUCAAGACUUCUCAUAUAGAUCCUUUCCAGCAAUUCAAUUUUCAAUCAGCUCAACAAAAUUAUAACCGUACUUGGCAAAAAGUGCUACAACCAACAAAUCUUAAAUCUGCUCAUGUUCAACCUCACUUUAGCAUUGAUUGUUAUGGAUACGACCACUUAGAACUGAUUGCAAAUGUUAACAAUACUACUGCCUUGAGUGACUGUCUAACACUUAAUAACUUGACAAUUAUUAACCAAGAAAUGGAUGAAGCAGUAGCAAAGUGGCUUCACCAUUUGAAACUACAUAAAUACCAAUGGUUCUUCAAUAGCCUCAGUUUUCUUGAAAUUGAAUUAAUCAAUGAGGACAACAUUGAUGGUUUUAUAGCUAAAGUAAAUAAAAAUUUCAUUACAAAAGGUGCACAAAAAAAGAUCUGCAUAUCGACAAAAGCAUUAAGAGAUCGGCCACAAAAGUUGAAUGACUUAUUAUUGGCAUUGGAUUUGGAAGUUACUCCAAAUGAAUUGUGUGAAUUCAUGUCGUACAUGCGAGAUAUAUUACAUUAUCCCAUACCAAACAAGAAUUGUGUUGUUGAUGACCAAUUACAACAAGACAUAGUCCUUGUCAUGGGGAAAUUGUUAAUUCAACUGCUAGAAAAACUAAGUAUAACACAUUAUCUAGUCGCCCAGAGUCUAGUUGGAAUGUCCAUCAAUAAAUAUUUAGAAAGUAUAUUGUUAAUUAUUGGUAAUCAAACAUUCACACAACUACAAAUCGACACAACAUUGAUGUUUGCUGAAACUUUAAAAUAUAAAGUGUAUAGAAUUCCUAAACAUUUUAACUAA